AUGGCUGACUUCACAGUUGACGCCACAGCUAAUCGAAAAAAACGAUCUAGUAAUUUUUCCGAUGUAGAAAAGGCCGCAAUAAGGGAAGGUUUCGUCGGCUGUGGCGAUCUUUUAGGGAAAAAAUUUGCAAACAAAGUCGGGGGAAACACCAAAGUACAGCAGGACAAUGCUUGGAUGAAAAUUACACAAGCAGUUAAUGCUGUCGGCCGUGCAUUUCGCACGGUCGAUGAGGUUAAAGAAAAACAUCGAAAGAUGGUGAGCUGUGCCAAGGCUGUCGUUGCCAAAGAAAAUGCCAACGCCAGGCAGACGGGUGGGGGUAAGCCGAUGCCUAUCCCGGAUGACACCACUUUGGCAAUAAUACAGGAUAUGAAGGGGACGCCUGCCUUCAGCGGCAUUCCCGGGUCAUCAGCAUCGGAGUCGGCAAUAGUUGCCGUGAACAGGCAGGACGAACCUCAAAAAGACCCGUUCAACCUGCUAGGUUUCGAUGCAUUGACUGGCAGUCCAUCCAGGACUUGGAGCAUGUUUGAGGUGGCAUGUAGUUCGGGCGAGGCAGACUUGGAUGACAUAGAGGGUACUGAGACGAAGGUUGACAUCCGAGAAGACACUAAGGAUAUGCCUUUCUGCGAUAUGUUUGCCAAUUCCUGUACAAAAGAACCAAGUAGCACGGGGAAAAGGAAAGCUGGCCCAAAUGUGGAAUUCAAGACAAAGUCAAAGAAACCAAGAACCUUAAAGGAAGUGCAGACAACAUAUUAUGUUGAAGCCACAGCUGCCAAGAAGUCAGAGAAGAAGUUCUUUGAUGCGGCAACAACUGUGCUGACUUUACUAAGCAAGAAAUAUCUGUAAAGAUAUACUUUUCAUAUGAAAUUGCAUUUUUACUUUUAAUGCUGUAUACAUGCUACUCAAGUUAUUAUGCCCCCCUUUGAAGAAGAGGGGUAUAUUACUUUGCACAUGUCGGUCCGUCCGUAGACCAAAGCUUGUCCGAGUGAUAACUCGACAAUCCUUAGACCUAUGGUCAUCAAACUUGUUUCUGUAGCUUUUUGCAUAAAUAUUGAUAUGGAAUUUGGGCCGGAACAGUAAAUGACCCAUAUUGAUUUAAGGGGUCAUCAGGUUAAAGGUCAACAACAGUGACCUUUAAGGCAAACUUAAAAAUUCAUUGACCUAUGAUCAUCAAACUUUACAUGAAGGUUGGCCCUAAUUAGUAGAUGACGGUGACCCCCUUUUGAGUUUGGGAUCAUUGAGCCAGAGUUAAAGGUCACGUUGACCUUUAAUGCAAAAAAGUAGUAAAGCUUCUCCCAGUGAUAUUUCAACAAUGCCUGGACCUAUGAUCAUCAAACUUGACAUGUAGGCUGGGUCUGGCCAGUAGAUGCCCCCUUAAUUUUCGGAUUCAUCAGAUCAAAGUUCAAUGUCACAGUGACCUUGAAUGAAAAAAGCUUGUCUGUGUGAUAACUUUAGAGUGCCUGCAGCCAUGGCCAUCAAACUUGACAUUCAGGUAUUUGGCGACCAGCUGCAUGAUGACUCAUAUGGAUUUUGAGGUCAUAGAGUCAAAGGCCAUGGCCACAACACGCUCUAUACUCAUACUUUGAAUGGUCAUUGUCUUGAUACUGUCUCAGCGGCAUACAAUGUCAGUGACAAAUAAAUUGUCAUUUCGGAUAAUACAUAUUUCAUUUAAUUAUCAAUACAAUCCUGACAACAUGCUGCUCAUGGGGGCAUAA